AUGUCUGGACAAUUUUUAACAAUUUUUGAAUUUCUUAUUGCUUUUCUCCUUCAUUCUGCGGCUCUUGUACGCAUUGGACUUAUUUUUAAACACAAAAUUGAUAAAAAGAAGGAAAUGGCCCCUUUUCUUGUUUGUCUACUUAUUAAUUGGACUUUUGUAUGUACCCUAUUAAUACCUUAUGAAGGCUAUGGAAUUGCUGUAUGGAGACCUGUUGAGGAAAUUUAUCACAACAGUUUAACUCUCUUUCUGAUUGCUUUACCUGCCCAUAUGGCGCUUGCUGCAAUCCCAGUUUCUGUUUUCUAUCUAACUCUUGAUCGAAUUCUCGUCAUAACAUAUGGUUUUGCAGGUGGACAACGAACAAAUAAAUUGGUUAUUUAUUCGUAUGUUUUGGUUAUUCUUACUGGACUUGGAAUUUGCGCGAAUGGAUUUUUAUCUGCAUUAAAUAAUAUGCCUGAACAAACGAGUGAGAUAGAUUUUAAAAUUAAUUUUUAG